GCUUCCUUCCGAACCGUAUGCUUGCAUUUGUAUAACGUCGCUCGCGUCCAAGUUCAGACAAAAACAAUACCGCGAACACGUUUGUUUUUACAUUUCCAUACUAUCGGUUUUGGGGUUUUGUUCUGCUUGAAUUGUGAAGGCGGACGUCGCUGGUUGGGAUUUAAAAAAUGAGUGUAGAAGCGUACGGCCCGAGCUCGCAGACACUCACCUUCCUGGACACCGAGGAAGCGGAGUUGCUCGGAGCUGAUACCCAGGGCUCGGAGUUUGAGUUCACCGAUUUCACACUGCCAAGCCAGACGCAGACCCAGGGCCAAACGCAGAGCCAGCUGGACAACCAGGUGAAUGGACCAGACGGAGUCCUACAGAAUGGCGAGGAUGCUGUUGUAAAACCUAGUCAACUUCUGGCUGAGCUGAAUUUUGAAGAAGAUGAAGAGGAUACCUAUUACACCAAGGAUCUCCCUGUGCAUGCCUGCAGUUACUGUGGUAUCCAUGAUCCUGCUUGUGUGGUAUAUUGCAAUACCAGCAAGAAAUGGUUUUGCAAUGGUCGUGGCAACACCUCUGGCAGCCAUAUUGUCAACCAUUUGGUAAGGGCCAAGUGUAAGGAGGUGACCCUGCACAAGGAUGGGCCGCUGGGGGAGACUGUGCUGGAGUGUUACAACUGUGGCUGCCGCAAUGUCUUCCUCCUGGGCUUCAUCCCAGCCAAGGCUGAUUCUGUGGUGGUGCUCCUGUGCAGGCAGCCGUGCGCCAGUCAGAGCAGUCUGAAGGAUAUUAACUGGGACAGUUCUCAGUGGCAGCCUCUAAUCCAGGACCGCUGCUUCCUGUCCUGGCUGGUGAAGAUCCCAUCUGAGCAGGAGCAACUGAGGGCACGCCAGAUCACAGCCCAGCAGAUCAACAAACUGGAAGAGCUCUGGAAGGAGAACCCCACUGCAACGCUGGAGGACCUAGAGAAGCCCGGCGUGGAUGAGGAGCCCCAGCAUGUGCUGCUGCGAUACGAGGACGCCUACCAGUAUCAGAACAUCUUCGGGCCACUGGUCAAACUGGAGGCCGAUUAUGACAAGAAGCUCAAAGAGUCCCAGACCCAAGAUAAUAUAACUGUCAGGUGGGACUUGGGCCUGAAUAAAAAGAGGAUUGCUUAUUUCACUCUUCCCAAGACGGAUUCAGGUGAUAUGCGUCUGAUGCAAGGGGACGAGAUUUGUCUGCGUUACAAGGGGGACAUGGCUCCUCUCUGGAAGGGUAUUGGACAUGUCAUCAAGGUGCCUGACAAUUACGGAGACGAGAUUGCCAUUGAGCUAAGGAGCAGCGCUGGGGCUCCCGUAGAGGUGCCCCACAACUUCCAGGUGGACUUUGUGUGGAAAUCCACAUCUUUUGAUCGUAUGCAGAGUGCUCUGAAGACAUUUGCAGUGGACGAGACCUCAGUGUCUGGCUACAUCUACCACAAGCUUUUGGGCCACGAGGUGGAGGAUGUGAUCAUCAAGUGCCAGCUGCCCAAGCGCUUUACUGCUCAAGGCCUGCCUGACCUCAACCACUCACAGGUGUAUGCAGUGAAAACUGUGUUGCAGCGUCCCCUCAGUCUAAUCCAGGGCCCUCCAGGUACUGGCAAGACUGUCACCUCAGCAACCAUUGUUUACCACCUGGCUAGACAGGGCAAUGGGCCCGUACUGGUGUGUGCCCCCAGCAACAUCGCCGUGGAUCAGCUGACAGAGAAGAUCCACCAGACGGGGCUGAAGGUGGUGCGUCUGUGCGCCAAGAGCCGAGAGGCCAUCGACUCGCCCGUCUCCUUCCUUGCCCUGCACAACCAGAUCCGCAACAUGGACAGUAUGCCAGAGCUGCAGAAGCUUCAGCAGCUGAAGGAUGAGACUGGAGAGUUGUCUUCCUCAGAUGAGAAACGCUACAGAGCCCUGAAACGCACCGCAGAAAGAGAGCUGCUCAUGAAUGCAGAUGUGAUCUGCUGCACCUGCGUGGGAGCAGGUGAUCCCCGCCUCGCCAAGAUGCAGUUUCGUUCCAUCCUGAUCGACGAGAGCACACAGGCCACGGAGCCCGAAUGCAUGGUGCCAGUGGUGCUGGGAGCCAAGCAGCUGAUCCUGGUGGGCGACCACUGCCAGCUCGGCCCCGUGGUGAUGUGUAAGAAGGCGGCCAAGGCGGGGCUGUCGCAGUCCCUGUUCGAGAGGCUGGUCGUACUGGGCAUCAGGCCCAUCCGUCUGCAGGUGCAGUAUCGCAUGCACCCCGCGCUCAGCGCCUUCCCCUCCAACAUCUUCUACGAGGGCUCGCUGCAGAACGGAGUCACUGCUGCCGACCGCAUCAAGAAGGGCUUUGACUUCCAGUGGCCCCAGCCAGAUAAGCCCAUGUUCUUCUACGUGACUCAGGGCCAGGAGGAGAUCGCCAGCUCCGGGACCUCCUACCUCAACAGGACGGAGGCGGCGAACGUGGAGAAGAUCACCACUCGACUACUGAAGGCAGGAGCUAAGCCCGACCAGAUUGGCAUCAUCACGCCGUACGAGGGCCAGCGGUCCUACCUGGUGCAGUACAUGCAGUUCAGCGGCUCCCUGCACACAAAGCUUUACCAGGAAGUGGAGAUUGCCAGCGUGGAUGCCUUCCAGGGGCGGGAGAAGGACUUCAUCAUCCUGUCGUGCGUCAGGGCCAAUGAGCACCAGGGCAUUGGCUUCCUCAACGAUCCACGCAGGCUCAACGUCGCACUGACCAGGGCCAGAUACGGUGUGAUCAUUGUGGGGAACCCUAAGGCUCUAUCCAAGCAGCCACUCUGGAACCACCUGUUGAACUACUACAAGGAGCAGAAGGUUCUGGUGGAAGGGCCCCUCAACAACCUGAGGGAGAGCCUCAUGCAGUUCAGCAAACCCCGCAAGCUUGUCAACACCAUCAACCCUGGAGCUCGCUUCAUGAGCACUGCCAUGUACGACGCACGUGAGGCCAUGAUUCCGGGCUCGGUGUACGACCGCAGCAGCACCGGGCGUCCUUCAAACAUGUACUUCCAGACUCACGACCAGAUCGGGAUGAUCGGCGCCGGGCCAAACCCCAUGGCCUCCAUGAAUAUUCCGAUCCCCUUCAACCUGGUCAUGCCCCCCAUGCCCCCACCGGGCUACCUGGGCCAGGUGAACGGCCCCGCUGCAGGCAGAGGAGCUCCAAAAGGCAAGACGGGUGGACGCGGGGGUCGUCAGAGGAACCGCGGUGUUGGUAACCAUGGCAGCGGGCAGGCUAACAUGGCAAGCAGCCAGGCCAGCCAGGACCUGGUGUCCCAGCCUUUCUCGCAGGGCCCGCUGACCCAGGGCUAUAUCACCAUGAGCCAGCCAUCACAGAUGAGCCAGCCAGGCCUGUCCCAGCCUGAACUCUCCCAGGACAGCUACCUGGGUGAUGAGUUCAAGUCUCAGAUGGAUGUGGCACUGUCCCAGGAUUCCACUUAUCAGGGUGAACGGGCAUACCAACAUGGCGGAGUGACUGGACUCUCACAGUAUUAGAGUGUUGUUGGAACGGGAGCUAGGCCCGUGCUGAGCUUAGUUCGUCAGCAUUUUAAAUCUGGGUAAAUACAAAAAAAGAACAAACAUGGAUGCCCGUUUUCCACUGUUACAACUGAAGCACCAUGGUGUGAGCAACAGGAGAGAAUCAGACCAAUCACACGCGUGAAAAAAAGAGAGAGGACAAGCAGGACCAGAAGAGAGAGAGAGAGAGAGAACGUGGAGGGGGGAAGUCACCCCGCCAGCCGCUGAGGACAGGGGGGAGGAGGAGAGAGGAGGAGACGCAGCAUAGGAGGAGACGAUGCGGGAGGGAAACCACACAAGAUCUUCGAUCUGCAACUCCGCAUAAACCGUGAGGGCACCUCCUGGGGGUCAUGGGGGAGGGCGGGGGUGGGAGGCCCCUUCCCUGCCUCCUCUCUCUCGGCCAGCUGCAGUCCAGCAGCCACACGCCUUGCAGUGCCGCCCGAGACUGAGUGAAGACGAAGUUCUCUUAAAACGACAUGCAAAAAUAAAAAUAAAAAAAGCACAAAAAAAAAACCCAACUAAAUCCCCAAGCUCGCUCUGUCGUCUCCACAAGGUGAAAGCUGGAAGAGGGGGUGACGUCUUUAAAAUGCAAGAAGUGAAUCAAUAAAAAUAUGAAAGUUAAAACGCUUUCAAGCAGCUGAUUCUGGGAAAACGUUUCCCUUCAAAGUUGAGAUCUAACAUUCAGGGAUUGCCACCAGACAUCUCUGAGAGAAUGGGGGAAAAUCUGCCAAGGAAAGUUUUGAUGUGAUUUAGGUUUUUUAGGUUAAGGGGUUUUGGUUUGUUUUUAUGUGCUGGUGGCAGGUGCGGUGGCAGUCUCCUCUCCAAAAAAUGGUGCUAGGAGUCACUGAAGAAGGAUUCAACUUUGAGGAAAGUUUUCUGCCUGGAGUCUGGUGAAGGUUCAGAAGGGGAGAGGCUGAGAGAAGUCACCUGCCCUCUGCUGUGAGGGGGAGGCUUAGCAAAUGGCUUUGAUGUUUUGUUUUUUUUGUUUGUUUGUUCGUUCGUUUGUUUUUGGGGUUUUUUUUAGACAAAGGCAGAAAAGUUCUGGAAAGAAGGAAGGGCUGAAUGAUCUGAAGUUUCUUCUGUUUUUUUCUGCUCUUCGUUUUAGACCAUUUUUCGUUGAAGCAGAACAUAAUGCAAUAGAACGGCGCGUGUUAGCCUGCUAGAUUUAGCUGUGGCAGUUAAUGGCUUGAUGAUUUCUCUGCAAUCUCCUCCACAUGGCAAACUUUCUAUAUUAGGUUCACAAGAAAAUUAGCUGAAAAGUGCAUAAAGCCCACAGCAAAGCUCCAAGAGUUAGUGUGUCUCUUAAACACCCCUGUGCUCCUAGAGCACAGCAGACUGGAGUCGGGCAGCACUGUUGUCUUGUGUGUCUCGACAGUUAUCUGAACCUCCUGGAGCAUCUAAAGCUCGCUCCAGUGACAGUGGAGCAGCGUGUUCUCAUGCUCAGCUUCUGGGGCUGCAGGACUGUAAGAAAAUAAUAGCUCAAUAAAGCAGUCAUAAUCAGCAUGCUUCCACCACAGGUAGUGUCCCUUAAGCGAGUUCUUUUUUUUUUCUUUUUUUUCUUUUUUAAUCACCCCACUUGUUUUAGGAAAUUGGGAAUCAAGCACCAGAUAUCAAACGUCAGCGUGUUCUUGGAUCAAGCCCCUUGAGUCACAUUGGUGAUUUUGACCUAUGAAUGCUGGGUGGGGAAAAAAAAAUCUAUAUAUGUGUAUAUGUAUGUAUGUGUGUCUGUAUAUGUGUGUAUAUAUGUAUAUGUA